ACGACUUGAAAUCUGAAAGACGGCAGAUUCUACCCCAACAGCUAAAAGGAGCUGAUUAACCAUUUUGAUCCUUCAGGCGUCAACCAGAAAAAGCCGAGUUGGAGUAAAAACUGAACUCCUCACUCGUCAUUUGCCAUUUCUUCGUCGAUCAAUCGGCCAUGGCCUCCAUCUUAGCUCGCAAAUCCCUCGCCGCUUUUCGUGCUCGUCAGCUAGCUGCAGCUGGGCAAGCAUGGCAGGACCCCAGUCGUUUUGCUUUGGUGAACAGGUCUCGCACUUUCGCCACAAAGCACUCUUUUUCCACUGACAAAGAUGAUGAAGAAAGAGAAAAGCUUGCUAAAGAGAUUUCAAAAGAUUGGAAUUCUGUAUUUGAGAGGAGCAUAAACACAUUGUUUCUGACUGAAAUGGUCCGUGGUUUGAGUUUGACGAUGAAGUACUUCUUUGAGAAGAAAGUUACUAUCAACUAUCCAUUUGAGAAGGGUCCAUUGAGCCCUCGUUUUCGUGGUGAACAUGCUCUCCGACGUUAUCCAACCGGAGAGGAACGUUGCAUUGCUUGUAAACUUUGUGAAGCUAUAUGCCCAGCUCAAGCAAUCACAAUAGAGGCAGAAGAAAGAGAAGAUGGGAGCCGUCGAACAACUAGGUAUGACAUUGACAUGACAAAGUGCAUCUAUUGUGGAUUUUGCCAAGAAGCUUGCCCGGUUGAUGCCAUUGUUGAAGGGCCCAACUUUGAGUUUGCCACUGAGACUCACGAGGAACUCUUGUAUGACAAGGAAAAGCUGCUUGAGAACGGAGACCGGUGGGAAACUGAGAUUGCAGAAAAUCUCAGGUCGGAAAGCCUUUAUCGCUGAGUUGGGCUGGUCAUUUUCAUACGUAGUUAUGUGAAAAUGGAUAAGUUGGUACUCAUAUUUUGAGGUUAUGAGAUAAAAGGGGGGCUUGCUUAUUAAUAGACAAUUUUCAGUCUUUGAUUGUGAUAUAAAUUCAGUUCUCUUUUCCCCCAAACUGCUCUGUUCCUACAUCUUGAAACCUAGAUGGUAAGGCGUGAGAAUAAACUUCAAAUUGAUUUUUGAAUGUUGGCUUUGCUACCAAGUCUUCUCACGCAAUAUGCUCUUGAAGUACGCCUGUUUAGUGGUGUAUUUUGAAGCCCAACUGGUAUGGCUACCAAGGGUAAUCAAGGAACAAAUCUGUAUUUGUUUGACAUUACAGCUCAUCAGUCAAAGCUCUACAUUUUUUUUACCA